AAACACUCACCCCUCUACAUCAUCCUUUCCGCGCUCUCUCUUGUACAUCGCCAGCCUUGUUGCAGACUGUGUCCCGCGAAAACUGACACAGAACUGACGCAUCCAUGGAGCGCUCCGUCCUAUCACAACAUCCACUACGCACAGCAACACUUCCAUGCGAAGUAAUAUAGAAGACAUCGCAACCGACUCAAGAUAGAAUACCAACAUCGUCUUUCACGCGUCGACAACCCACCUCUUCCAUUGUGUAACUUUCCGAACACCUCUUCCUCCCCGCUUCCUUCGACUCCUCCGCGUUCCCUGUCCGGGUUCCCAGAAACUCUGUCCCCGUGAAAACGUCUCCAUGGAUGGGAUAGCCUUUGGCAUGAUGCCCGGGACCGUCCGGGUGCGGAGUAAGCCGCUUCAAGGGAGGCUGAAACAGCGGAAGACCAAAGCUCAGCGGAAAAAGCGAAAGGAGUUGUUCGGUGGGCAGAUGUUCUUCAUGGGGGUGCUGCUCGCUCUUGUAAAAGGGCUCUCAUGUUUGGUCGAGAAAGCAGGUUAUGACAUCUCCAGCCUUACUACUGAGGAGGGUGCCAGAUGGGAGAGUCGGAGGCUACUACAGGAGUCCUGGGACAACGAGACAGACCUUCUGUUGGACCCCCCGUCCAAAAACUGCACUGAGCCAGCGUUACAUGAGUUCCCCACAGACCUGUUCACCAACCAGGAGCGCACAGAGGGAGCUGUGGCCCUACACGUCCUGUUUGCCAUGUACAUGUUCUAUGCACUGGCUCUGGUGUGUGACGACUACUUUGUUCCCUCUCUGGAGAAGAUAUGCGAGCGUCUACAUCUUAGUGAGGAUGUGGCAGGUGCAACCUUCAUGGCAGCCGGCAGUUCAGCUCCUGAACUCUUCACCUCUGUUAUCGGUGUGUUCAUCACUAAAGGGGAUGUGGGGGUGGGCACGAUCGUGGGCUCAGCUGUCUUCAAUAUCCUCUGCAUCAUUGGAGUGUGUGGAAUAUUUGCUGGCCAGGCAGUGCAUCUGUCUCGUUGGUCUCUUAUGAGGGACUCUAUGUACUACACCCUAUCCAUCACUGCUCUUAUCGUGUUCAUAUAUGAUGAAAAGGUUUCAUGGUGGGAGUCUCUGACACUGGUUCUAAUGUAUUUCGGCUAUAUUUUGAUAAUGAAGUUUAACUCGAACAUUGUGCAUUUCCUGGAGAGGCGGAAGAAGAACUCGUCCAGCCUGGGGAACGGCACAGCCAGUAACGCUGACCUGGAUGACAACUGUGAUGCCAGCGCUGUCCUGCUGAAGAAAACUAACUUCCACAGAAAGCAGUCAGUGUUGAUGGUAGAUGAGUUGAUGUCAGCCUACCCCCACCAGCUGUCCUUCUCUGAAGCCGGCAUGAGGAUCAUGAUCACCAGCCACUUCUCCCCUCGCACACGCCUCUCCAUGGCCUCACGCAUGCUCAUCACUGAGAGACAGCGUCUGAUUAGCACCCGGCCAUUCACUAACGGAGACUCAGAGGUCACAGUGAAGGUCGGCAGUAGACGGGGCCUGGAGAACGGAUUGGGUGGGCCUGAAAGGGGAGUCAAAGGUCGCUGUGGUCACCAUGGAGAGGACGACAGGGGAGAUGUGGAGGCCGGCAACGAGACUGAAAACGAGAACGAAGACAAUGAGAAUAAUGAGAACGAUGAAGAGGAGGAGGACGUAGGGGAGGGACCUUUUGUGCCCUUUCACGUCCCAGCUGGGUGCUGUAAUAAGAUCAAGUGGCUGUUGGCCUGGCCUCUGUGCCUGCUGCUGUUCUUCACGGUGCCUAACUGUGCCAACACUCGCUGGGAGAGAUGGUUCAUGGUCUCCUUCGUCACUUCCACCCUCUGGAUUGCUGGUUUUUCCUAUGUCAUGGUCUGGAUGGUGACAGUGAUCGGAUUUACUCUCGGUAUCCCCGACGUCAUCAUGGGCAUCACCUUCCUGGCAGCUGGCACCAGUGUCCCUGAUUGCAUGGCCAGUCUUAUAGUGGCACGGCAAGGUUUUGGGGACAUGGCUGUGUCUAACUCUAUAGGCAGCAAUGUGUUUGAUAUCCUUAUUGGACUGGGCCUUCCCUGGGCCCUGCAGACUCUUGCCAUCAACUACGGCUCCUACAUUAAACUGAACAGCAAAGGGCUCAUCUUCUCUGUGGGACUUCUGUUGGGGUCUGUGUUCCUCACAGUCCUAGGGGUACAUCUGAAUGGGUGGAAACUGGACCGUCGUUUGGGCCUGGUGUGUCUGCUCAUGUACAGCAUCUUUCUCUGCUUCUCCAUCCUCAUUGAGUACAACGUCUUCACCUUUGUCAACCUGCCUACCUGCAGAGACCGGUGAGACCCAGUUCUCACUCUCCCUUCUCUUUCUCCUCCCCAUCCUCCUCCACUCUCCGGGAGAUGGUCCGGCUUGGGAGGGAUCUGUCUGCACCUCAGAUAUUUGUAUUAUUAUUAUUUUCUUUAUGGUCAGUGCAAUAAGGAGUAGUGUGUGUGUGUGUGUGUAUGUGUGUGUGGUUUAAAGAGGAGAUAAACUGGGCACACAUGCAGGAGCACAAACUGACUUGUAAAAAGCUUUCACACAGGACGCGUGAACAAAGCUAUUGUUGUCGACUACUGCCUACUUUGAUGUGAAGAUUUUUAUUUGUUUAGGACUUUUGUAAAGGUGUCUGAAACUGCAUUAUAGUCUACCGUGUGAUUUUGCUGACAAUUUCUAAUGUAAUGUUUAUUAGCUGCUAACUGGCUUUGAUGAAAGCCGGUCUUAUACGAGUCUAUAAUGUGUAGUGGAAUAGUGUUGUUUGAACAAUAUUAAAUGAAAUGUUUCCCGCUUUGUAAAUACAUGCAAGCAGAUAUUCUAUUUAUUAAUUUAUUGAAUGUUAUUUAUUUUAAAUCCAAACCAACCCGGUUGGUCUGGAAGAUGAGCUCAUUUUGGAGAUACUGUCUGUAGAGAGUAGUGACACCAACAACCCCUUGGCAUGUUAUGAGACUCCAGUCUAAAGUCACUUUCAACAUUCCUUUGACUCUUGCAAAAGAGGAAUCUCUACUAAAAGUAUUCUGAGCAUUUACUCUUAUGACGGACUUGAUUUAGAUCGUCACACGAAGAAAAUGCAUCCUUAGCAAAGUCAAACCUAUUCAGUGAGACUGCACUGAAGUAUAUCAUAUGUGGUGUCUGUCCAAGGUGGGAGACGGUCUCUGUUUCAAUGACAAUGAGUGUCCCUACUUGCUGAUUAUUAUGGCAAUCUGGUCAAAUGAAGCAAACUUUGUGAAACGGUAAACUCCUUUUUUCUACAAAUGGAGCUCAAGAGAAUAUGUGCUGCCACAUAGGGGCACAACCAUGAACUACAGCACAGUAUUGGAUUCCUACAGACCUUUUCUUGUUCCAAGUAACUUUUUACCAAAUGUACAUUGCCUAGCUGGACUUCCUGUAUAAAGGAUGGAUUUCCUGUUCCACCGACACACAGAGGAAAUUAGGCAGUUCUGUACUAAUGAGUACUCAGAGUGUUAUGAUUCAUAGAGGUAGAGAUGCACUUUAAAUAAAGCAUCUGAACCUUGGCUGACGUGAUGUUGGUUGAGCUGCGGUAAUUCAUUUUUUGUAAUGCACAAUGUUUAGAUUUGUCCAGAUGGUAGGUUGUGCUACAUUUAAAUCAGUUCUUUACGCCUUUAGUUUUGGGGAUUAUAUCAGACGUAAUCUGUAGACAUGCAGGGGAUUCGAGGACACUUGUUCAAGGCAAGCCAACCAGUCGUGCGUUGAUUGAAUGUUUGCUAUGUUAGUAACACCAUCGCACCUUUUUUUGACGUUUACAAAAUAUAUUUAUCACACCACUGUAAACACACAGCAGACUAAGGGCCCUAUUCAAUCCGCAUCGCGGAAGUUCAGUUUUAAAGCGGGAUUGAAAUUUAAAGGCAAUAUUCCCGCUUUAGCAGAGUUUACAUUAACAGUAAACACUGCAUAUAGUCGACUCAAUCCGGAAUUACUUUUACAUUUCUGUUGCGAAGCUGUAACGCUUCAGUUUUACAGAUUGAAUAGAGCCCUAAAACCAUCUGUAAAAACUACGAUUUUUCAUUUGGUAGUUUUUUUUUCAUAAAUGCAAAUAACACACAUUUAUUGGAAGAAAAAAAAACUUGCUUUACAAACUGCUCUGAAUGACAUCUUGUGAACACUCAUUUUAUGGACCAAUAACACAAUAUCUCAAAUACAUAAAUGAUGAUUACAAAAAGUCUCAAUGUACAAAGUAUUAGGGUUGCAUUUAUUUUGAAGAAUGUUUAUCGUUUGUUUUUUGUUCAUAUAUUUAUUUGUCUUGGGAAAUGUAUAGAGACGGAGCCCAACUCUAAUGUCAAAGGAAAACAGAGUUUUUAAAAUGUAAAAUAAUUUAUAAUGCAAUAAUGAUGAGCUGUACAAUGUAAAUAUGUUCAUUUGAUCGAAGGCACAUUUCUAGAUGGUAUGUACAGUUGCACAUCCCUCUGUCAAGAGAGUAAAAUGUAUCUUGUAGGGCAGACUAAAGUGGUUCACAGAAGUCUGCACUGGAAGCUUGAUAUGAAAAGUGACUUAUAUACAUAUCUACCAAGCCUAUAAGUCAAAGACUCCUAACUAGUUCUAAUUGGCCAAUAUCAUAUAAAUAUCCCCAUGCAGCAUUCAAUACAUUAAGUUGAAAAGAUAUCUUCAGUGGCACAUCCAACUGAAAUGUUAACCAGUGACAUACUCAUCCUUAGCCAUAAUACCAUUGACAAAUAUGGUCAGAUGUCAUGUUGUGCUGCUGUUCAUUUGUCCCUGGUUUGAUGAGGAUUAUAAUCUGAAAACAGGUACUAUACAACACAGGAGGUUGGUGGCACCUUCAUUGGGGAGGACGGGCUCGUGUUAAUGGCUGGAGCAGAAUUGGUGGAAUGAUAUCAUAUAUCAAACAUGGUUUCCAUGUGUUUGAUGCCAUUCCAUUUGCGCCAUUCCGACCAUUAUUAUGAGCUGUUUUUCCCCCACAACUCCUAUACCACCAUGUGCUUGAAAUUCACGAAGACUCAUAUCUGCAGGUGAGCGGUCUUGAAGAAAGGAAUAUUUUAGUAUUUUGUGAAGUUCACAUGGUGAUAUAUUGCUGAUGUACAUAUAUACAUACAUGUAAAUGUAUUUAUAUAUUUUGUCUUAAUCUGUAUAUUUGUUCAAUAUAUUUUCAUAGAUAUGAUCUUAGGUCCCCCUUGGUACCCUCCUUAGUCCUUUGUUUUGUUGUGUUUGAGAUUUUGAUAUCACCUUGUCCUUUGUUAACUUGCAUGGAUAUAUUUUAAUAUAAUACAUUAUUUAAUGGUAAUUAUAAUGUAAUUUGAAUCAGAAUGAUAUAUAUAUUAAAGAUGGCACUAAAAUUGGCUGUUGAACUGGACCUCCUAGAUGGCUGCAUGUUGUUUCUGAUAGGAUUGCUAAGUUUGAUGAUGUAAUGUUAAUCAAAUAACCUGAAGUAUGCCUCCGGAACAGGGAGGUCAAAACAGAAUGGUUUACUUUGUGUGCCGAUGUUUCAGAUGUCAUUUAGAAAACUUUUGGUACUUCCGCAUAAAUAAAGUAUAUUUGCUUAAGGUAAUGCAUGUAUCCUUGUGUUGCUUUCCACACUACCACCAGAAAAGCUUUUAUUAUAAAGUAUAUAACAUAACUUUAGAUGUGAAAUUAAAAAGAGAGGAGAAAGAGAAUGUGAAAGAUACUCACAAAACUGGUAUUUGCAUGAGUCAAUUAUCUGUCUAAUUUCACAGCACAUACUGCCCCUUUAUUGUGUAAGUGUUGUGGCAUUAUAUUGGGCAUUCACAAUUGUUGGAGCACAUGCACUUGGCAAAUUAGCAGAGAAUGUGACCAUGCAGCUCACUCUGGCCUGCUCUUGACAUUAUUCUACAAAAAUGCUAUCAGACUCUCAUAAUGCUGAAAAGAAAUGUUGCAGGCUACCCCCACAAGGUCAUGUCUUGAUAGGAUGAAGAUUAUUUUAGCUAACCCUUUUCCUAAAUUUAAAUUCUUCUAUCCUGCUACGUUCAUUCUCCAAAAUCAAUUUUGACAAACUGUAGGCCUAUAGUAUCGUUGAGGAAAGAUCAGAUGGGACCAUUCUAGCCAGUGAGAGGGCAGAUAUGCUUAUGACGGUUUUGACUAGUUACCACAGCCAAAGUAAAAAUUGGCCAUCAUAAUUAAUUAUUUUUGUUGUUGUUGCUUUUUGCUCUUCAUUCAAGGUUAGGCAUAAGGUUAGCAGUGUGGUUAAGGUUAGAUUUAAAAUCACAUUUUAAGAAGAUAACUUGUAGAAAUGGGCAGGGCUUACGACUGUGGUAACUAGUGAUGACCAAUCACAUGUUUUUUUUCUCAAAGUUGCAGGGAUGUCACGUCCUACAGUACUUUUAUAAGUACACUCGUAAUAAUCACUACGAAACUUCUAUUCGAUCAAAUAACAUUUCAAAUAAACCAUUAAAAAAACGUUGAACAAAUACAGCACUAUCAUUUACCAUACAAAAACUCAUCGCCUUGUGAGCUAAAAAAUUAAGAAAAGACGCCACCUGCUGGAGAAGACAGAUGUUGGGCCCAGUUAUCCCUCUUGAUUCGCCUCUUCCUCUCUGGUUAACAUAAGUCAACCUAUUUACUUUAGACUCAAAACGAUGAAACGUUUAGUUUCAUGUAACAAAGUUUAUUUUCGAUUUCCACUUUAAAAAAUGUAUCACAUUUUGUUAAUAACAUGUAUUGAAUCAUAAGAAACAUUUUCACUCAAAUAAAUUCUCACCCAACUUUGAAACAUGGUUCUCUUUGAUUGGGCUCAUGGCAAUGGCUUCUACCUGAGCACAUGGUAAUUGUCUGCCAUUCACACGCAUAUGCAAUGUUCCCUAAAAAAUAUAUAUAUUUCAGCACUGAGCACAUUUCAAGUCCUCUGACCGCAAACUUGAACUUAGUACAAAUGAUUUGCAACUUUCAGCGCAUGUUUACUGUAAACACUGAGGCUGUACCCACUAAGAUAAAGUUUCAGACAGUGAUCAAGUAGUGUUGAUUGAUGCAAGAAACGACUUUACAAAAUAAAAUGCAUUAUUAUUCCCAUACCAUUACUACAGAGAAUCAAACAAAUGAUGCUACCCCCUGCCUAUAGUCCGAGACAG